AUGUAUAUAAAGAUGGCCACGUUAGCAAACGGACAGGCUGACAACGCGAGCCUCAGUACCAACGGGCUCGGCAGCAGCCCGGGCAGCGCCGGGCAUAUGAACGGAUUAAGCCACAGCCCGGGGAACCCGUCGACCAUUCCCAUGAAGGACCACGAUGCCAUCAAGCUGUUCAUUGGGCAGAUCCCCCGCAACCUGGAUGAGAAGGACCUCAAGCCCCUCUUCGAGGAGUUCGGCAAGAUCUACGAGCUUACGGUUCUGAAGGACAGGUUCACAGGCAUGCACAAAGGCUGCGCUUUCCUCACCUACUGCGAGCGUGAGUCAGCGCUGAAGGCCCAGAGCGCGCUGCACGAGCAGAAGACUCUGCCCGGGAUGAACCGGCCGAUCCAAGUGAAGCCAGCGGACAGCGAGAGCCGAGGAGGUAGUAGCUGCCUGCGCCAGCCCCCUUCACAAGAUAGAAAACUCUUCGUGGGCAUGCUCAACAAGCAGCAGUCUGAGGAUGAUGUGCGCCGCCUCUUUGAGGCCUUCGGGAACAUCGAGGAGUGUACCAUCCUGCGCGGGCCAGACGGCAACAGCAAGGGGUGCGCCUUUGUGAAGUACUCCUCCCACGCCGAGGCGCAAGCCGCCAUCAACGCUCUGCACGGCAGCCAGACCAUGCCGGGAGCCUCAUCCAGUCUGGUGGUCAAGUUCGCCGACACCGACAAGGAGCGCACAAUGCGGCGAAUGCAGCAGAUGGCUGGCCAGAUGGGCAUGUUCAACCCCAUGGCCAUCCCGUUCGGGGCCUACGGCGCCUACGCACAGGCACUGAUGCAGCAGCAAGCGGCACUAAUGGCCUCAGUCGCACAGGGUGGUUACCUGAACCCCAUGGCUGCCUUCGCCGCCGCCCAGAUGCAGCAGAUGGCGGCUCUCAACAUGAAUGGCCUGGCGGCCGCACCCAUGACCCCAACCUCAGGUGGCAGCACCCCUCCGGGCAUCACUGCACCAGCCGUGCCUAGCAUCCCGUCCCCCAUUGGGGUGAACGGCUUCACUGGCCUCCCCCCACAGGCCAAUGGGCAACCUGCUGCAGAAGCUGUGUUUGCCAAUGGCAUUCACCCCUACCCAGCGCAGAGCCCCACCGCCGCGGACCCCCUGCAGCAGGCCUACGCCGGAGUGCAGCAGUAUGCAGGUCCAGCCGCCUACCCUGCUGCCUAUGGUCAGAUAAGCCAGGCCUUUCCUCAGCCACCUCCAAUGAUUCCCCAGCAACAGAGAGAAGGGCCCGAGGGCUGUAACCUGUUCAUCUACCAUCUGCCCCAGGAGUUUGGGGACGCUGAGCUGAUGCAGAUGUUCCUCCCUUUCGGCCGGCACCCCGUGCCCUCCCGCUGCCAGGCCCCCUCCUGUCAGGGAGGACAGUGUCCAAUAAACUCCUCCACCCGCAGGCUUCGUGAGCUUCGACAACCCGGCCAGCGCGCAGACCGCCAUCCAGGCCAUGAACGGCUUCCAGAUCGGCAUGAAGAGGCUCAAGGUGCAGCUGAAGCGGCCCAAAGACGCCAAUCGCCCGUACUGAGUGCAGGCGGGAGCGUCCCCCGGGGGAGACCAGGACUCGCACAGGGCAGGAUGCUGAACGGGCUACAUUAAAAAACAAACCUCUCUCUAUAUAUAUUUAUAAAUGAGAACUGUUGGAUGACACCUUUGACAUAUCAGCCAAUAUCAAUCAAGCUGAAGACUCCAGACACUCUGUGACUGUCACAUUUCUUCAAGGAAAGUAUAGCGUCUAUGGAGUUCAGAGGGCACGUGUUUGGGGGAAAAAUAUAUAUGACAUAAAGAAGAAGAAGAUGAAGAAAAACGAG